AUGUCUUCCGAUAACGGCGCUUUCGUCGACCUCACAUCCUCGCCCUACUCUUCUCCACACUCUGCCGCGCGUGACGGCCCAGUCACCAUGUCGACUGUCGAGUUGGCUGCCAUCGACCAGACCGAGGCACUGCGCGAGCUUCGUUCGGAUCACGAGGUUUUGCGUGGCGAGUUCUUGGCUACACGAGGUCGCGCGGAGGAUCUGGAUCAUCAGCUCGCUGCCGCGGCCAAUGCCGCGUCGCCCUUCGUGCUCUUUAGCCAGCCCAAGUAUGAAGUGGAGCGUCUCGAUAACUACCGCGAGCUCGAAGCUUGCCGCCUUCGGUAUCACGACUUGCAGCUCCGCUACCGCGAAGCAGUGUCGGAGUUUCAGGAUCGGAUCUCUACUUUGGAGGCGCAGCUGGUAACCGCUUCUUUCUUUGGCGUGAUUGUCCCGCCUGACACAGCUCGUCGCAUAGCGGAUCUGGAGUCCCAGCUCGAGCGGUCCCAAUAUGACUUGAAAGUCGAGCGUGAUCGCCAGUCAUCUCUCGCUUCGGAGCAUCGUGAAUCGGCUACGUCUCACAAGGCUGCUCAAGCGGAAGUAAAUCGCCUCAAGGCCGCGAUCGAGCGCAAGCCUCGUCGCUUCCGCACCUUGCGCGAUAACUAUGAGCGUCGCUUGAAGGUUGCCGACAACACGAUCGCCACACAUUCCGCUGAGCUUGAUCGAUUGCAGGAUCAGGUAUCGACAGUGGAUCGGGAUCUCCUCCAGGUUUCCCCAACGUGUCCUCGCUGCGAUCAGGCAAAGGCAGAGCGUAUCGCCACCCAGGAUCGUGUUUCAGCGGCUCGAGAUACAAUUGCCCGGCUGGAAAAGCGAAUUAACCAAAUCGAGAAAUAUCAGAAGUCGCGUCAGGAUCUCGAGUUCGCGCUCGCAGCGCUUCAGCAGGAGAGAGGCGGUCUAGUAGUCCAAAGAGAUGAAUUGCUCGGCCAGCUUCGUGAGCUUUUCAUGGAGGUCACCGAUCUACGGGCUGAGCGGGACCAGGCGGAAGAGAGAUUGUCCAGCAUCACGUCUCUUCUCCCUUCUACUUUGGGCCACAAACGAGCACGCUCCCAGUCCGAUUUCCGGCCCAGUCUGCUCGCGUCUCCAAGGUCGCUCGAUCGACUUCAGGUCCCUUCACGGGUGGCGCGCUGA